UUGCCCACAAUUCAUGUUUUGCUGUGGUGCCAAGUAAAUUGUGCUUCCUCCCACAAUUCAGUUCGAUUGCGUUGAUACAUGAAGGUUCUUCCGCUUUGUGAUAAUGGGUAUUGAUAUCAACCAUAAAUGGGACCGCAAGGUCAGGCGUACAGAGCCGAAGUCGCAGGAUGUGUACUUGAGAUUGCUGGUGAAGCUGUAUCGUUUCCUGACCAGAAGGACAAAAUCCAAGUUCAACAAGAUAAUAUUGAAGAGGCUGUUUAUGUCCAAGAUCAACAGACCUCCCAUAUCACUAGCAAGAGUGGUACGCUUAAUGAAGGAUCCUUCCCGUGAAAAACUAAUAGCAGUUAUUGUUGGCACUGUCACUGAUGAUCAGAGAAUUUUUGAAGUCCCUAAGCUAACUGUAUGUGCCCUUAGAGUUACUGAGAGGGCACGAGCACGUAUCCUGAAGGCAGGUGGCGAGAUUAUCACCUUUGAUCAACUUGCACUCAAAGCACCAACAGGGAAAAAGACUGUGCUCAUUCAAGGACGUCGCAAUGCCAGAGAAGCUGUAAAACACUUUGGGCUUGCUCCUGGUGUACCACACAGCCACACAAAGCCGUAUGUGCGGUCCAAAGGACGUAAAUUUGAACGAGCUCGAGGACGUAGGCGCAGCUGUGGUUAUAAGAAGUAACGUAACUGUUUUGAAAACUGAACCUGCAUUUCUUUUGCUGUUUGCAUCCUUCACUGUAGAACAGUAAAAAACAAUAAAAAAGAACUUACAGACUCUC